AUGGUGAGCCUACGGAAGCUGUUUCCAAUUGAAAAGGAAUUCGAGCUCGACAACACAGUAGAUGAGAACAUUCCUUGGCCGUUCGAGGUCAACAGGAAAAGGAAUAUGCCAAUUGCGAAGUUUUUGGGCACGGAUGGCUACUUUCUGUUCCCCAGUGAGAACUCGUACGACGUCUACAAGCAGAACAACAACGAGAUAGGUAGAUUGGAUGCGGAAGGUGUCGGGAUCCCAUUGCUGCAUAUCUCUCUUGAAUUCCCAACGCUGGGAAACGCUGUGGGAAACUCGCCGUCGCUUAUGGUGUGGAAAUAUAUCCUGCUACAUGCUGGCGAAGCUCCCCCUCCUAUCGAUCAUAAAGUUGUAAGAUGUGGCUCCAAGUGGACCCUUUACAAGGUGCCCUUCUGCGAAAUCUACCGCAAGUGGUCCUUCAACUACAGAGAAUACAGAUUUACAUUUCCGUAUGACAGAUUCCCGAUGACCAAUUUGACCCUAAAGAGAACUGUUGCCAAUAGAGACCUCUACACUUACAUGGGGGAAGUGAGUCUGAGAUGGCAUGUGCCGAUGCCGUUCUUGGUCGAUACAGACCACUAUACGCUUCAGAUCCUUGACGACAGCGUACCCAAUCUGCUGGACGAUUCUGUUACUACGAAUCGUAAGAAAAGGCUGAAAACAGAUCGAAAGUUCAUUGAGAUCGCACGUUACACUAGAGAGGAUCGAGAUAUGAUGCCACAUCGAACCUCCAAACGUGCGAACCUUUACAUAGGCGAGUGGUCAAGUACCACCGCUUACGGUAUCGCAGAAGUACCAUGGACAACGCAGGUGCUGGCCUGUCACGGCCUGCUUAUUCAUUACAUCGAGCACCAGAGACGCGAGGGUGGUGGGCAAAGAAGAGGCAGAAGCACUCAGCUCCCUCCUCAGGUUAGCUUAUUUAGAUAA